GUUGCAUUGAAUUUUGAGAAUUUCCCCGAAAAGCUGAAGUUUCUUUUCGACGGCUCUUUUUGGCUUGGGGUGGAGUUUUUUUGGUUGUUUGCUUUCCCCCCUUAAAUUAAUUUACGUUUGUUUUGCUCGGCAGAAAGUCCCAGCCGGAACACGCUGCAGUAAAAAUAAAAUUAAAAAUACAGCGGCGGGUUAAAUCUGGCGUGGCCGAUGUGCCCAGGAGCGUCCCCAUGAACAGGAGCUGCUGUUUCACCCCUGUUUUGGGGGUAAAAAGGGCAGUGCAGGAGGGACAGACGGGGCACAUCGCACAUUUAGGCUGUGGCUCGGCUUCCCUUGACCUGCGAGCCAGCUCCAGCCCCAAUCCCACCCAUUCCCUCCUUGCCUGCCCUGCAGAAGCCGCUGUCCCCGAGGGAUGAGCAGAGGGAUGGGUUUGGGGACAGAGCCCCCUCCGGGCUCCGCUCGCCCGCAGCUCCCGCCGGAGGGGCCGCGGGGAGGGCAGAGAGCCGGGCCGGGCUCCUGCUGCCCUAAUGGGAUAAUUACAAUUACAGAGGCCGGGCGAGCUUGGGCAAACACACACCGGCUCAACACCGGCCCGCCGGCCGGGCCUCUGCCGGGAUUAACGCUAAGGACCGGGGCGCGGUGCCUCCCAUCCCCCGCGGGGCGCGGAGCCGCGGCUCGCCGGGCUCUGCUGGCCCCUCCUUUCUCUCCUUUGCCCCCUCCUUUAAUCCCCACGCGUGUCCGGGGAGGGUCGCGGCACGGGCUGGCUCAGCGGGGCUGUGUCCCCGUGCGGGUGCGACAGCGACACACGCGUGGCUUCGUGUCCCCAAGAGCAGCGGGGGCUGCUCGGGGGCUCCUGCGGGGUUAAACCCGGCCGGGCACGGCUCAGCCCUUCAUCCCCUCACUCGGGACGUGACGAGGCACCCGGGGGUGUCAUUUGUGACAAACUCUCGGCGGUCACAGCCCCGCCGGCUCUCGGAGCUCGGGGGUCCCGGGAUUCUCCGCUCCGGCAGCUGCGGGGUUAAAGCGCGGCUGGCGGGGCGGCUCCCCCGGAGCUCGGCGCCCUCCCCCUGCAUGUCCGAGGGGCCGCGUGUGAAUAUAUUUGUACAUUCGCGUGUAAGAUGUGACACAAUUACGGUAUCAGACGGCAGAAAUGCGUGCCGCGUGUGUCCCAGCCACGCGUACCUGUGUGCGUGUCCAGGUACGCGUCACCCCCUCCCCAACAACGGGGGAAACCUCGGGUGGGGCUGAGGACAGGGCCCCACGCGUGUCACACCCCCCCAGUGUCCCCUCCCGCCCCGGGUGGGGGGACAAGGCCCCCUCGGGGUCACCGCGAAGGGCAGCGAGGGGCAGGGGGCUCUGCGGGGAGCGGCCGGGGCUGCCCCGGGAGCGGCCCCCGCCCCCGGCUCCCCCCGGGCCGGCCUCCCGUGCCCUCGGCAGCGCUGAUUGAGCUCCGCAGUCGCUGCCUCCUCUGGAUUCGGGUCCCUCGGAGGGCGCUGCGCGGGAGGACACGUCACGGGUACAUUAUCCCCUCCCCUCUUGAGGCUCUGCUGGCUUUCCGCAGCCUCUGCUAAAGAAUUAACCGAGAGGUCCACUUCAGAGCUCCUUCUGGCCCUGGCAAAAUAAAUAAAUAAAUUUCUAAAAGGGCGAGGAAAGAAAAGGAAAAAAAAAAAAAAGAAAAGAAAAGAAAAGAAAAGAAAAGAAAAAGAAAAAAAAAGCCGGAGAUAUCGGUGCUUUCAGACGAGGAGCGUGGCGGCUGUGAUUUCCGAGAGGAGGGGAGUUGUGCCUUCGAUCCUUGCCGAAUUGCGGGAGGUGAAUGUAGCAAACCCUCCCCUUGCCUUUGAAAGGCAUGUCUCUGCCAAAGAGCCACCGCUUCGCUCUCGAAAUACGUGACAAAUAAAAAAGAAACAAAAAAGAGAGAGAGAGAGAGAAAAGAGAGAAACGAUUCCUAUCUUUCAAAACCUUUUUUUCUUUAAAAGGAGCGAAAAAAAGGAAAAACGACCAAAAAACCAAACCAAUAAAUAAAAGCAACAACAACAACAACAAAAAUCAAUGCCGCGCCUUUGCCAGCGCUCGGACUUGUUUGGAAAGAGACAACGCUGAAGUGGCACUGGUCCCGAGGAAAACGGAUCCUUUAAUUUGACUCCGCAUGAGAAGCACGCCCGGAGCCGGGCGCAGCGGCCGCAGCGGCAGCAGCAGCCCCGCGGCCCCCGGCGGAGCCCCCCGGGCGCGGCCGGAGCGGCAGCGCCCCUGGGCCGCGGGAGCCCGGCCGGAGGGGACGGGCGGAGGGGAAGGAGAGCCGCUGAUCCCGGAGCGCUCCGGCCACCGGCUUCGCCUCUGCUUCAGCGCCGCGUCCUCGGCACCUCGGGACCAGCUCAUUCUGCACCUCGUUCAGCGAGCCCCGCUGUCCUUCUGGUUCCUUUUUUCUUUUUCUUUCUUUCUUUUUUUUUUUUUUUUUUUUUUUUGAGAGACAAAAUGUCCAAAAAUGGUUCAGCCUGCUUAGCCCAAUGAUUUCUUGCAUGGACGCUCUGUAUUCUUUCUUUUUUUUUUUCUUUUUUUUUUUUUUAAUCGUUAUUUUUGGACGGGGAAGGAUUGAGUAGAAGAAAUCGGUCAGUGAGGGGGACCCAGAGGCUCGCUCCCCGUUGAGGAGAGGAUCAAGAUCCGAUUCCCGGCUGCACGCAGAGAACGGAGGCUGCCGUGGGGCUUUCAGCCUGGGUUUCGAAGCCCUCGCUGCUACAGGGUCAGAGCAGAUCCGCCUUUCCCGAGCGGCUUUCCCGCCCUGGUUGUAGCUCAGAGAUCGCCUCCCCCCUCCUCGCACCAUUUCUGUUGGUGUUGGUUUUGUUCGGUUGGUUUAGCUUUGUUUUUCCCUCCCCUUUUUGUCUUUUUUUUUUUUUUUUCCCACUUCGUUUAUUAUUAUUGUUGUUAAUUAUUUGAUUUGAUUUGGGACAAUUCCCUUCCCUAAACGAAAACUGUAAGUGUGCAGUGGAAAUCCAUGCCCCCCUGCCAUUCGGAAGAACCGGGUCUAAUAUGCCAGUGACAUCCCCGCCUUGCAGCAGUCGCGAUGAAGGAAAAAUCCAAGAACGCGGCAAAGACUAGACGGGAAAAAGAAAAUGGAGAAUUCUACGAGCUGGCCAAACUGCUGCCGCUGCCCUCGGCCAUCACCUCGCAGCUGGACAAGGCGUCCAUCAUCCGCCUCACCACCAGCUACCUGAAAAUGCGAGCGGUCUUCCCCGAAGGUCUGGGCGACGCCUGGGGCCAGCCCAGCAGGAUCGGGCCCUUGGACAACGUGGCCAUGGAGCUGGGAUCGCACCUGCUUCAGACUUUGGAUGGCUUUGUUUUCGUCGUGGCGUCCGAUGGCAAAAUAAUGUACAUUUCUGAAACAGCAUCUGUGCACCUUGGCCUGUCCCAGGUGGAGCUCACUGGAAACAGCAUUUACGAGUACAUCCACCCCUCGGACCACGACGAGAUGACUGCUGUCCUCACUGCCCACCAGCCUCUGCAUCCUCACCUCCUGCAAGAGUACGAAAUCGAGAGAUCCUUUUUCCUGAGGAUGAAGUGUGUCCUCGCCAAGAGGAAUGCAGGGCUGACGUGCAGUGGCUACAAGGUGAUCCACUGCAGUGGCUACCUGAAGAUCCGUCAGUACAUGCUGGAUAUGUCCCUGUACGACUCCUGCUACCAGAUCGUGGGGCUGGUGGCCGUGGGCCAGUCUUUGCCUCCCAGUGCAAUCACCGAGAUCAAGCUCCACAGCAACAUGUUUAUGUUCAGGGCCAGUUUGGACUUAAAACUGAUAUUCCUCGAUUCCAGGGUCACGGAAUUAACUGGAUAUGAACCCCAGGAUCUGAUAGAGAAAACCCUCUACCACCACGUCCACGGCUGUGACGUUUUCCACCUGCGAUACGCUCACCACCUGUUGCUGGUGAAAGGCCAAGUGACCACCAAGUACUACCGGCUGCUGUCCAAGCAGGGAGGCUGGGUGUGGGUGCAGAGCUACGCCACCAUCGUGCACAACAGCCGUUCGUCACGGCCUCACUGCAUAGUGAGUGUCAAUUAUGUCCUUACAGAUAUUGAGUACAAGGAACUUCAGUUGUCACUGGACCAGGUUACCAUUUCCAAAUCUCAGUUUUCAUGCAGAAACUCAGUACCUACCUCGCAGGAAACAAGGAAAAUAGUAAAACCCAAAAGUAAUAAAAUGAAGGCAAAGCUCAGAACAACGCCUUACCCACCACAGCAAUACAGCUCGUUCCAAGCAGACAAACUGGAAUGCAGCCAGGUGGGGAGCUGGCGCUCCAGCCCCGCCGCCAGCGCCGCCGCCCUUCAGGAACAGAACUUCCAUUCAGAGAGCAGCGAGCUCCUGUACGCCCCUCCCUACAGCCUGCCCUUCUCCUACCACUAUGGACACUUCCCUGUGGACUCCCACGUCUUCGGGGGCAAGAAGCAAAUGCUGCCUGCGAAAUUCGGGCAGGCCCAAGGGGCCCCCUGCGAGGUGGCGCGGUUCUUCCUGGGCGCGCUGCAGAGCAACGGCGAGUGCCAGUGGCACUACGCCAACCCCCUGGUCCCCAGCAGCCAGUCACCCUCCAAAAACCACCCCGAGCAGCCCGUGAACAUCAUCAGGCACAACCUGGCACAGAGUUAUGAAGUCCCGCUGCCCAACAGGAGGUACAGCCAGGACGCGCUGUCCGACGCCUUCCCCAGCUGCACGGCGCCCGUGCCCGGCAGGUACAAGGAGGAGCUCUACGACUGCGGCAUCCUCAAACACAGCAGAGCCGAGCCCCGGCUGCAGCCCCCCGCCCACCUCAUCAAGGAGGAGAACAAGCUGGCCUUCAACAGAGACCUGCAGGAAAAAAUGGCCAUCAACGAGGCCUCCUUCCCCAGCUCCCUGCUGCCCAAAGCCGAGUGCUGCCAGGCCAAGGCCGUGGGACAGCUGAGCCACCUGCUGCCCGUGCCCUCGGCCUACGAGCAGGGCAGGAGGAUUUGCGUCAAAGAGCCCAAAUUCGGGCACGGCGGCCCCGAGGAGCCGGAGGGCGGCCAGAGGAUGAGCGCCAAGCCAGCCCAGCAGGCCGAGGGCGAGCGGGCGGCCGAGGCCAGGCCAUCAGGCCAGGUGCCCUUCGUGCUCCUCAACUACCACCACGUGCUGGCCAAGCACGGCGCCUUGCCGGCCUCGCCCUGCGCGGCCGCGGGACACGCGGGAGAGGGUUACCCCUACGGGCCCGAGGAGCUCAACGCCUUCGUUUACAGAAACCAAAGCCCCUCCUCGGCCUCCUCCCCGGAGAGCCACAAGGAUUCUGCACUGCCCCACUACAUCGGGACUUCCGUCAUCAUCGCCAACGGCAGGUGACGGCAGCACCGGGCGGGGUUCCAGUCCGAGCGGAUGAUUUGGAAACAAAAAAAAAAAAAGAGGAAAAAAUAAUUAAAAAUAAAAAAAAGCAUGAGGAAACACGGUGACGUUUACUGAGCAAAGCUGGAGGGCAGUGAGGGACAAGCUGGUGAGUCCCAGGAAAAUCCCCUCCAUCCCCUGCCGUGCUUCGGUGUCCCGGAUAAAGCUCUGGUGCCAGGGAGAAGCCAAGUUCCAGAUCUUUAUUUUUGUUAUUUUAUAGUGUGCAGCAAAAGGUGAUAUAUGCAGAGGUUUAUAUGAAGAACAUUUUUUUUUUCCUUGACCCCUCCUUAAAAUAAACUCAAAGUUUUGGCUUUUUUUUAAUCGUUACCAUAAAAUACGCGUUCUAGUUUAGGGUUUUUUUUUGCAAAUUGUGUGAAACCUUGCAUCCACUCUCCACCCAACCCCCUGACAAAUGGACCCUGUUGAGAGAGUGGUGAUUUUGUGCAACCACAACACAGCUGUCCUACCCAAAAUGAAAAAAAAAGCUUAUUUAUUAAUUACCAAAAAGUUUUAAAACUAAAUAAAUCAACCCUAAAUUUGAGUUAUUUAACACAGAUUUCAGUGUUUUGAGAUUGUUGCCACCACCGUUUAUAUUGACAAGGGACAAUAUGACAAAUUAAUAGGUACAAAGAUAGGUAUUGCAGGGUUACAGGUCUUGUCAUGGCAAAUUGGGACAAAUUAUGGAGCAGGAACUAAUUCCCCACAAAUAAGAAAAGGAAACUCCUAAAUCCUGUGUUUCCCUGAGUAUUCUGGGGGAAGCCAGUGCAGAUUUUCAACCCAGCCAGUCACAAAUACAUCUUAAUAACAGCACCAGAAAUGUUUUCUUUAUAGUCAAGAGAAUAAUGAACAUUUAUGCCUUAUUUUGAACUUACCAGUAGAACCGUGAGCUUUGAAAGGUCCAGCUCUUAACACGCUGAACUUCCUCCAGCAUAAAUCCUGUUGUCAGCACAAAGCCAGGGCUGGAAUUCCCUGAUUUGAGCACCUCACAAAUCCCAAAAAGCACAUUUGAAACACUCACAUUCGGCCCAGCCAGCCAGGAAUAGAUUUUUCAGCCCUUUAUUUUGAAUUCUUUGCAGAGGAUGGAUCUGUGUGAGUUUAAUUGACAACACACAGCCCAUGGUGAUUUUCAGCCACUUCCCCAAACACUGUGAGUGGAUAAAACAACAAAAACAACAAAAGACUCCCUAAACAACAAAUGUGGCUGCAGAUCCCACUCAGCUCCAUCUCUUAUCCUAAUCCAAGCCUAAUCUGGAAUUUUUCAAACUUUCUCUCAUCAGAUUCUAAAGAGAAUUUCUCUGAAAACCUUGAGCAGCCUGGAACAAGGGUUCCCUUCCCAUGGCAGGGGGUGGAACUUAAGGGUGAGAUUUAAGGUUCCUUCCAACCCAAACCAUUCCAUAAUUCUUGAAGAAAAUUCUUACCUGGUUUGUGUAAUAUGGAAAAAAGCAUUUGCUCGUGGAUUGCACCUUGUCAGAAAAACCCCAAUGCAAUACUCAGCCCUAAAAAUUCCACGUUCUCCAUCUUUUCUAUAACUCAGCAAUAAUUCAUCCCGGAAUGGUUUGGGUUGGGAGGGACCUUAAAACUCAUCCCAUUCCAAACCCCUGAAAUGGGCAGGGAACUUUCCAUUAGGGUACAGUAAUAAAGUUAUUUCCUUCUGUGUAUGAAUAUUUAUUGCUGUGAGUACACAAAAAUACUUGAAAACAAAAGCUUGAAAACAAUUUUCAGUAUUUCUUUUUUCACUGCUUCCUAUUAAAGCUUAACAAAGCUUUAUUAUCAAAUUAACGUUGACUUGGAAGUGAACUUGAACCGAACACUCUCAGUUAACUUUUCCAAUCCCAUGAAAAAUACAUUUUGUGCUAAACAAAAUGGGCAAAAAAAGUACCAAAUCAGUGAUUACAAAACAAGCCAACCACAGAACCAAUCCCACGGAGUCGCUCCCUCUGUAACCUCGGUGUGUUUAACGCUGCAGAAGCUGGCAAGUCUCCAGAAGAGCUGGAAAUGUGGAUUACAACCACGCUGACCCCAUAAAUCAAAGCCAGGAGACACCAGUGGCUUUUCCAGUGGCUUCUGAGCCCUCCCAGCCCCCUGUUCCUCAGAAACGACCCCAACUCCUGAAAAGAUAAUUACGCCAAGACUCUUGGGUUAAUUUUGUUCAAUUAAAUCAAACCCAUGUCCUGCAAAGGAGCCACUGGCACGGUUGGCAUCAUUAAAAAGAAACCUGAUGCCCAGCCCCUCGUGCUGCACUUUCUCCCUCAUUAGUGGCACUGCUGCAUUUGGGUGUUCCUGGAAGCGCUGCUUGCUGGAAAAACACCAAAAUCAGGCUUUGCUUGAAAAAAAUCCCCACCGUGGAUUCAGCUGGGUAUUUUUCCACCUUGUUAUUCCCAUCUCCAGCCCGAGCAGAGGAGGUGUUCCAUCAUCCUGACCCAGGGGUUUGAAGGGAGGUGAUGCCCAGGCACAGGAAAUUUCCCAUUAUUCCCCGGGAAUAAUGAACCAAUUAUGAACUCACCGCUGAUAACGCAGGGGAAGGUGCACAAAAGAUGGCAAAAGCAAAUGUGGGAAGGGAUUUUUUUUCCCCCUACUACUCCAAGAUUUAAACAGCAAUUCUGUGUUCCCAUCUGGGAGUAAAUGACAUUGGGAGAAAACCAGGAUUUUUGGCCAGUUAAAUGACAGAUGCUCUCAGCACAGUCGUAGUGCAGAACAGGGCACUGCCAUCACUGUGGCAGUGUUUUAAUAAUGAAAAAUUGUUUUAAUAAUAAUAAAAAUCAUGGCACUGAAGAGGAAUGUGAAUGGAAAUAUAUUAUGAAAAAUAAUCUCAUUUCUCUUUAGUAUUUGAGCCACACCUUUGU